AUGUAUGAACGCAAAGAAGCCCUUGUGACAGACACAGACACAGGCACAGAAUUGGACCUAGAGAAGGCCUCGUUCUCGGGCCCCCACCCCAACCCCGAUGCAGACCGCUUCGCCCCCAUUCCGACCGGGAUCCGCCCGACUUCCCACGCCCGCCAGUCCUCUUCGGCCUCCGCCCACUCCCGCAUCAUCUCCAGCACCCCGUCACACAACGGCUACUCCUGCGACGACUUUCCCGCUUCCUCUGACGAAAAUCCGCCUCUCGCCUCUUCCACGAACCCGGUCCCGAUCCUCAGUUCGAAUUCCUACAUAGUCUCCUUCACAAACGGCGACCUAGAUCCCUGGUGUCCGCGCUCCCUCCCCACGCCCCGCAGAUGGCUCAUCGUCGCCCUCGUCUCCGGAGCCAGCUUCUGCGUCACGGCCGCGAGCUCCAUUUACACAUCCACUUACACCCAGAUGGACGCCGAGUUCCGUUCCUCCCGCAUACUCUCCACUCUCGGUCUGUCGACCUUCGUCCUCGGCAUCAGCCUGGGACCUUUGUUCCUGAGCCCCUUGAGUGAGUUUUAUGGGAGGCGGCCCAUCUACCUCGCUGCGUGGAGCAUGUACAUUAUUUGGAUCAUCCCGUCGGCUAUGGCCAGGAAUAUUGAGACGAUGAUUGUGGCACGGUUCUUGGAUGGUUUGUCCGGGAGUGCGUUCCUCGCCGUCUCCGGCGGGACGGUGAGUGAUCUGUUUAGUCGAAAUGAUCUCCAGGGGCCGAUGCUGCUGUACUCGAUGGCGCCAUUUAUCGGGCCUGCCAUUGGGCCCACGGUGGGCGGCUUCAUCAACUACUAUACCCAGUGGCGGUGGACGUUCUAUGUGCUGCUUAUCUGGGCGUUUGUCAUGGGUUUGGCCAUUGUGUUUCUGGUGCCCGAGACGUACCGUAAGUCUGGCUCUCCCCAAGAUCUAGCGGCAUAUUUCCCUUAUGGUAUCGUCCCCGACACCGCUUACCUCCCAGACCCCGUCGUCCUCCGCAACAAGGCCCGCAAGAUGCGCGCCGACACGGGCGACGACCGCUGGCGCGCCCCCAUGGAAAAGUCCACUAAGUCCAUCCGUCGCACUGUCGGUCUCUCCCUCCUCCGCCCCUUCCAGGUCCUUUUCUUCGAGCCCAUUGUCCUCCUCCUUUGCAUUUUCUCCGCCAUCCUCCUCGGCGUCCUCUACCUCUUCUUUGGCGCCUUCCCUCUCGUCUUCGGCAACACCCACGGCUUUAACCUCUGGCAGAUCGGUCUCGCCUUUAACGGUAUCCUCGUCGGCAUGCUCUGCGCCGCCGUCAGCGACCCCCUCUGGCACGCCGUCCGUAAGCGCCUCAUCCGCAACCUCGAGCGCGACACGGGCGAGCCAUGCGGCAGUGAGCCCGAGUUCCGCUUACCGCCCGCCAUCAUCGGAGGCUUCCUCGUUACCAUCGGUCUGUUCGUCUUCGCCUGGACCAUAAAUGCCGACGUCCACUGGAUCGCCCCCGUCAUUGGCUCCGGUAUUUUUGCUGCUGGGACCGUGCUUGUUUUCACUGGCAUCUUCACCUUCCUAGUCGACGCAUAUCCGCUUUACGCGGCGAGCGCUCUGGCAGCCAACGCCUUUGUGCGGUGCAUGUUCGCCGCUGCGUUUCCUUUGUUUGGAAACCGGAUGUAUGAAGAUCUUGGAUACUCCUGGGCGUCGUCUCUGCUCGCCUUUCUGACAGUUGCGAUGCUGCCUUUCCCAUACUUGUUCUUCCGCUACGGCAAGAAAAUCAGGGGCCAUAGCAGAUUCGCCCGGGCUUGGAGUGAGUGA